GUCCCUGCCCUCCCCCCCGGGACAGGAGCGGUCGCGGCACGUUUGGCUCCCGUGGGAAGGAGGCUGGGAGGUGUCAUGAUCCCAGAGGAGAUUCAGAGGCUCCUGGAAGAUGCUGAGGAGUACCUGGCAGAAGGGCUGCAGAACGAGAACUUGAGUGCUGAAGCCAGGGAGCAGAGGGAUGCGAUUCUUCUGGGCUUCCAGAGAGUCAAAGCCAGGUACCACUUGGCUUUUGCACCCCGAGGGGAGGAUCAGCAUGAUCCUGGCUUUGGACAGGACAGUUCUGACGAAAAUCAGAGCUGCAGUUUGGCCCCUUCCAUGACAUCCCUCCCAUCAGACCUGCAGGAGGAUGGGCUGGAGGAGAACCCACCAAAGCCCGUCCCGGAUACGGGGAACAUCCUGAAACAAGGAUACCUGGAGAAGAGAUCCCGAGAUCACAGCUUUUUUGGGGCAGAGUGGCACAAGAGGUGGUGUGUCCUCAACAGAAAGACCUUCUACUACUAUGCCAACGAGAAGAGCAAGCAACCAAGAGGCACCUUCUCCAUCGAGCACUACAGUGCCCGGCUGGUUCCCCACCUCCGCAAAGAUUCCCGGAAAAAAUGCUGUUUUGAGUUAACCUGCCCUGGCAAACGCACCUACGAGGUAGACAAUGGCAGAGCCGGGAUCGCCAUUCCCAGUUUCCAAACGACUCCUCCCAACCCCCCCGGGGUGGGAACUCCUGCCGGGGACCUGAGCUCCCUGACCAUCCCGUGCGAGGAGGAGGAGGAGGAGGAGGAGGAGGAAGAGCUCUACAACGACGUGGACAGCUCUGACUCCAUGAACACCUCCCACAACACCACCCUGACCCAGGAGGAGCCCCACCUGGAGCUGGAAGGGGAGGACAUCUACGAGGUCCUGCCAGAUGAGGAGCUGGAUCCGCCCUUCCCGGAGGACAGCGAGGACGGUGGGAGCGGAGAGAGGAAGGGAGAUCCCAAACGAGAUUAUGCCAAUUAUUACCAGGGCCUUUGGGAUUGCAGGGGGGACCACCCCGACGAGCUCUCCUUCCACCGGGGGGACCUCAUCUACAUCCUCAGCAAGGAAUACGACAUGUACGGCUGGUGGGUGGGAGAGCUCAACGACGAGGUCGGGAUCGUGCCCAGGGAUUACCUGGAGGCCGCCUACGAGCUGGAGGAGCGGUGAGGAGGGACAGUGACACCCCAGGCACUCCUCUCUCCCUGGCCGUGCUGAGACACCAGUGACACCAGUUCCCACCAGCAGCCCGCCCUGCCGUGAGCACCCCUGGCACGAAGAGACCCCCGCGGUGCCCGGGGGUGCC